GUUGGUUUUUGUACGUUGCGAAGACAAAGAGACAUUGCACAUUCAUGAUAUGAUGUGAUUCCUCUAGCUAGAGUCGUGGCGGUGAAGAUUUCAGGUCAUCUCGAAAUUGCGUGUCCAAGUUCAUCUCAGAGUUGCCCCCGACAAGUCCCAGCUGGAAGUCACUAGGCGGUCCCACUCCCCGCCAUCCCGUACAAAAACAAAUCUCGUGCAUAAAACCACCACGACAUCAGGCAGCACAGCAGCAAGGAGAGGAUGGCGGGGAUCCCGGUGAUCGACCUGCAGCUCGCCGCCGCGGCGCCGGAGGAGGCCGCGCGGCUACGGGACGCGGCCCAGCGCCUGGGCUGCUUCCGGGUAGCAGGCCACGGCGUGCCGCGCGUGCUCCAGGACGACAUGAAGGCCGCCGUGCGCGCCCUCUUCGACCUCCCCGACGACGCCAAGCGCCGCAACGCCGACGUCAUCUCCGGCAGCGGCUACGUCGCGCCGAGCGCCACGAACCCGCUCUACGAGGCGUUCGGCCUCUACGACGCCGCGUCCCCCGCCGACGUCGACGCCUUCUGCGCCUCCCUCCACGCGCCACCGCACAUCAGGGAGACCAUUAGAAGGUAUGCGGAGAAGACGCACGGGCUAAUCGUGGACGUGGCGGCGAAGCUGGCCGCGGGCCUCGGCCUGGAGGAGCCCGAGGCCGACCGCAUGUUCCAGGACUGGCCGUGCCAGUUCCGCAUCAACAGGUACAACUACACGCCGGACACCGUGGGGGAGACCGGCGUGCAGGUCCACACGGACUCCGGCUUCCUCACCGUUCUCCAGGAGGACGACCGCGUCGGCGGCCUCGAGGUGGCGGACCUGGACACCGGCGAGUUCGCGCCCGUGGACCCGGUCCCGGGCACCUUCCUCGUCAACCUCGGCGACGUCGCCACGGCGUGGAGCAACGGGGCGCUGCACAACGUGAGGCACCGCGUGCAGUGCGUGGCGGCGGUGCCGCGCGUCUCCAUCGCGCUCUUCUUGCUGGCGCCCAAGGACGACGUGGUCCGCGCGCCGGACGCCUUUGUCGGCGCCGGCAGCCACCGCCUCUUCAGAACUUUCGGCUACGACGACUACCGCCGGCUCCGGCAGUCCACCGGGGAGCAUGCCGGCGAGGCCCUGGCGCGGUUGGCCGCGUGAUACACCAGCUUGAGCCGAAUAUGGCUAUGCCUAACCAGUUAGGCGCACAAUUCUAAUCUGCACCGCACAUUGACCAUACACAUCACAUCACUCAGUACAUAUGCUGUCAAAUCUGCAUGUCUACUCUCUUGCCCAAGACCCACGGUGAAGCGCCUUGGAAGGGGGUGUGGAUCUCACCAAACCCUCACACGAAGCAGGAGCAACACGAUGCACGGCGCCGAGGCGGGACACAUGCCGCACAUCAAGGCAUGAUAGUGAGCUCAGAGGACGCCAGGGGUUGCGACAUUCACGCGCACAAUGACCAUUCUCCAAACAACGGGAGCACCGCAACGGAUCUCUGCAAACAGCCGCACGAUGCCCAUAAGCAAGGCAUCUACAACAUUUACCGUGGAGCCAAGCAGGGAUGGGACGAGGACGACGAGGAACCAUUAUCGAGGAGGAAGAUUUCUGUGCGUGAGAAGGUCGAUGACAUUCUCUUUGAGUUAGAGCUUCAUAGCUUGCUUAAACGUUUGGAGGCGGCUAGCCCUGGAUCUGGCAAGGCGAUUGUGGAGGAGGCUCUUAGGAGCAAAGGAAAGAAGAGUGACGCCACAGAAAAGGCGUCGGCGGCUGCUUAAUGGAUGAUCUUCGCUCUCUUGCGUUGUCCUUAUGGCCUGCAUUGUCUUUGUGGAUUUGGCAGUGCUCGUGGUCGCUAGCCAAGUUACCCUCGUUUGGGGUGUCUUUGCGAUGUAGCAGUGUGGGUUAGAUGGUCGUUACAUGUUGGAUAUGGUUGUCGAGUGAGUAGCCCACAUGUGGUUGAUUUGUAUCGGUUUUUGCCCUGUUUUUCGUUAAUUACCUGGGCAAUUCUCUUUUGCUUAAUUAA